AUGAAGGAGCUUCACGCACCUCCUGUCGCUGAGGGGCACGCUGCAGAUGCAGAUGAUUGUGAUGAUGACGACGACGAUCCGCAAUAUUCCGAUGAUGUCCAGCUGAAUAAAAUUUUAUUAUCCGAUCCCAGUGAAUUGAAGGUGACGUCAUCGUCGAAACUCCACCCACCCAUUCCCGUUUCUGAACUCUGGAACUUUGUUGUACCGCGGAAACAAUAUGCCGACGACAAAAUUAGAAAAGAAUUCAACGAAUUGAAGCAGAACGUCAUUUACAAGGCGACUGCUUCAUGUAGAGCUGAGAACAGGAGCAAGAACAGGUACUGCAACGUCCUGGCCUACGACCACUCACGCGUCGUCCUGCGCUGCUCGCCACACCAAUCUGAUUACAUCAACGCCAACUACAUCGACGGCUUCAAUAAACCAAAGGCUUACGUGGCCUGCCAAGGCCCGACCAGGUCAACGGUGAACGAUUUCUGGAGGAUGGUGUGGCAGCUGAAUGCCAGGAUCAUCCUCAUGGUCACCAAUCUUGUCGAAAAUGGAAGGCACAAAUGUGAUAUAUAUUGGCCGGAUGCAGGCAGUUCAAAGUAUGGAGACAUUGUGGUUCAGUUGAAGCAUCUCGAAGGAUAUGCAGAUUAUAAAAUCAGAACCUUUGCUGUUGCCAGCAGCAGCAACGGCGCAGAAACACGCGAAGUCAUUCAGCUGCACUUCACAACCUGGCCUGAUAAUGGGGUUCCACUACACCCAACUGCACUCCUCGAAUUGAGGAAAAGAAUCACAAAUAAGAAUGAUGCCAACUUCACUGAACAUCCUAUUGUUGUUCACUGCAGUGCUGGCGUUGGAAGGACGGGCACUUACAUAGCACUGGACAGUUUGUUGGAGCAAGCGGAACAGGAGAAGAGAGUAGAUGUGUUUGGAUGUGUGAACAACAUGAGGAACCAGCGGGUGAACAUGGUUCAGACUGUGGAGCAGUACAUCUUCAUAUAUGACGCCCUGUUAGAGGCCUUGGAGAAGAGUUCGACGACGGUCAUCAGUUGUUCGGAGUUCAGGAGGAGGUACGCAGAGUUGAUGACGGUGGACCCAGCCACGAACAUGUCCUACCUACACCGGGAGUUUGUGUCUCUGCAAUCAAAAAAUGUCUUGUACAGUCAUGAUGAUGAUGAUGACUUUGAUGAUGAUAACUUCGAUGGAGAUGAUGAUAACAAUGAGAAGAUCGCAACUAAAAAACAGAAAAAUGUAGGAGCGAAGAUUGCUCUAAAGAAGAAGAAAAAGCCCAAAAAGAUAAAGAAGGCUGUGAGGGAGGAGCCGAGGGCUGUGCUGGUUGAUGGCUACAGGCAGAAGGCAGCUUUCUUGGUGAUGCAAACCCCGCUAACACUUCCAUCCAUUGACUACUUUUGGUCCAUUAUCCUGCAGCACAAAUGCGGUGCAAUCAUUUCUUUCGAUGACGAAGAUGGGGCUGAGGAUUUCAUUCCUUACUGUCCCAAAGUUGAGCGUAGCAAAUGCAAUAGUGAAGGUUAUGAAGCCGCCGAGACAUUUACUGCGGGAUCGUUCAGCAUACAGACGAUUUCAUCAUCGUCAUCGUCGGUGGCACCCUCUCCAGGGUCGUGUGCCGAUCAUCCACUGUGCUUCAACGAACAAGAAUUCAUUCUCUCUUUCAAACCUUCCGCAACAAACAACCAAAAUAACGAGAUCAUCAUCAAGAGAUUUUCUAUGAACAAUUGGCGCAGGAAGUCCAAAACAACUAGCAGCGACAACAAAAAUGCCAAGCCACCGACUGCAACUUCUUCUGCAAAAAAUCUGACCAACAACAGCAACAAAAUAAAUCAUAACACAAAAAGAAGUGACAAUGACGAUAAUGCUCAUCAUGUUGGUGAUGAUAAUGAUACUCAAAAACGCGAUGAUGAUGAUGAUGAUAAUGGUAUUUGUGAUGAUGAUGGUCAUGAUGAUGAUCUUCCUAGGAGAUUCACCAUUUUGACUCUUUUGUCAUCUCUCGAGAAGUGGCAACAAAAAACAGGAAACAACACUGUGCUGGUCCAUUGCAGAAACGGGACGAGAUAUUCGGGAUUGUUCUGCACAGCGAGUUACUUGAUUGAGCGACUGAAGAUUGAGCACGAGGUCGACAUGUACAUGGCAGUCCGAUACAUCAGAGUCAAUCGACACCAAUUCGUCCCCAGUCUCGUGCAAUAUGACUACCUGUACAAACUCAUCAUCGAUUAUCUUGACAGCUUCGACACUUACGCCAAUUUUGAGUCCAGCAUCUGAGCAAAGGCCAACAAACAUGUGUACAUACUCACACACGCGCACACAAUAUACACACAAAUAUAUAUAUAUAUAUUUAUAUAGAUAGACAAGAUAAUGUAUAAACAGCAGAUGCAGCAGUCGCAUAAAUGAAAUUAAGUUAUCUCAGCUUAUAGUUAGUUGAUAUUUCAGGAUUUUACGUCUUAAAAUUUUGUGACUUGAACAUCUUACGCAUUGCAUGGCACGUGUUUACAGCAUUUAAUAUCACCUAGUUGAUGAGAAAUCAUUCUUAUCGAUAAAUUACUAUAUAUUUGUUAUAAUAUUGUUGCUUGGUGUUCAAUGUUUG